AGCGCGACGUACUCACUCGCACGUAUAUCGGCUACGAACAAGUGAUCAGACAUUCGAUAAUUUGUAAGUCAUUCUCUCUGAGCUGGCAGUUAUCCUCUCUCGGAUACUGCCUCGUCGUUCACGCGACGAGACCAGGGAAUUGUUAUUGCACCGGCACUGUCUGCGGAGUCCAACCGAGGAAUCGCAACCUUGACCGAUUUUUACUAGCCGAAAUACUGGUGUCGGAUCCUGUAACUCGACAUCCUCGGUCAGCCUAUUCAGUUCUUCAGAUCUCCACUGUUCAGUAAUGGAUAUGUUCCGAUUGCUAUGCCUUAAAUGCACGAACUUUGACUGAUCCACCGCAAACAUUGUCGGUUUGACCUUAGACAGGAAUAAGGGUGUGCACGUGCAAAGAGAAAGUAGCUGCGAAAGAAAUAGGGCGGCAGAGAUAAUAGGGUACCUAAAAGAUUUACAUGAACGGACAACGACAAGAUCUCGAGAAAAUCCAGACUCCUUCAAGGGCCAUACAUGAUUUGUUUCAUAACUGCUAAUUCAAUACGGCUCUCAACUGAACAUUGCUUAACGAAGUGUUUCCUUUGCCAAGUUCUGACUUCCUCUUAUUUGGCUACACUUAGUGAAUAUCUGGACAACGUAGACUUUUUUAUUCGUGUAUACAACUAAUGAGUUUAAAUUUCCCCCUCGGUUUAUACGAGAUGUCUCUAGUCUCUAGAUUCUAGAUAUAAUUAACGAAACUAUAUUCAGACGACUAUAUUAAAGACAAGUUCAUGUGAUAACGUAGUAUAUAAGAAUAUUGUUUUUCCAUCCUAAACAUCAGCAAACGUUAUCAUGUACAUUUGAAAACAUUUGUGUAACGAUAACAAAAUACUAUGUGAUACGCGUAGACAUUUACGAAAGAUUUUUUUACUAUACUCACUAUUUAUUACUUACCGAGUAUAUAUUAAGUUUUAUAAAAUAAAAGUAUUACAAUGUUAAACCAACAAUGUGCGAUUUUGUCUGUCAUUGACUCAUAUAUCCAGCCACUUUUAAUCCAUGUUUUAUCCACUGAUAAACUUGGAGUUUGCUGCAAAACAAUUGAGAUAGAUUCUAUGUCAUCCAGUUGUGGGAAAGUACAAGGAGAUCGUUUUAAAUUAUCUAUACCUUAUGCUAAACAAAAUUUAACUUGGAAUGUUCUGUUUGAUUCGCAAUGUCCUGAAAUGGGACCUGAUUUCAUAUUUAAUGACAAUACAUUCCUAGCAGAUAUGGAUGUGGAUGCAUUAUCUGCCAAAGUACCUAGUCUUGCUAAAUGGAAUCCCAAUGAUGAAAAUGCAUUAUUGAAUGUUCUUAGAGAACUUUUAUCAUGCUACAAACAACAUCAGGUACAAUUACUUCAGAAGCAAGCUAGAUUACAAUUAGAGUAUAAUAUGCUAAUGAAUUCAGGAGAAGUCAACACAGAGGAUGUUGAAGUAAUAUUGUUACCAUCUAGUUCUAAACCAACGGAAGCUAGAUUUUUAAUAAGUUUAUCGGUGGAUGUUUCGCAGUUAGAAAUUCGUACUUGUAAAUCAGAAAGUGACAUUGCAAUGCUUCUUGUAACAUUUUCUGGAACAGAUUGGAGUCGUAUUACUCCACAACUUUAUUUUUCAAAAUCUUUAGAAGAGUCGCUUAGUGGAACAGGUGAAUUACAUUUACCACACUUUCCAUCUGACACAUACCUACUACGAUAUAUACCAAAAGUAAAAAAAUAUAUUGCAGGAAAGGUAAACUCAGUUGUCCAAAGCUUAAAGAGAAGAAGAGAUUAUAUAGCAGCAUGUUCAUUUAUCCACCAUAAAUGUCUUUUAGAAUAUGAUUCUAUAAACUGUAAAUAUGUGACAUUUUUGGUAUGUGUAGAUGACUUUUUUGCAUGUGUGCACAUUCGAUUUCCAUUUGGAUUUCCUCAAGAACCACCUCUAGUUGAAUUACGCUCAAUAUAUCAUUUGACUCAACGUACUGCCUACAGUGAAAGACUAAAAUAUCCUUAUGAUGUUUCAUGGUCGCCAAAGUUUAUGGUAGAACGGUUGUGUCAAACCAUUUACUCGUAUUUACAAACAUUUAAAUUCAAUUCUAUCAAAAAUUGUUCAGGAAAUCAAAGUUAGUUUAUUACAUAAUUUAAAUUAUUUUAGUUACUUGUUACAUUAACAUAAAUCUCUCUUUGUACAUACUGAUAAUUAUUCUUUCUAAAUAAAUCCAUAUAAAAAUAAAAAUAAAUAUAACACUACCUACUACGAGAAUAACCAAAAGAUUAUUUUAUUAUUAUUUAAUAUUAAUAUUUAUUUUCUAUAUAAUCGAUAAUAAUAAAGUAUUUUAUACUUAUAAGCGUGUAAUUUUAUAUGUAAAAUUAAAAACUUUUGCCAUAUACAUGUGUAUAUAAGACAAUGUCAGAAUGUAAACCAUUGGAAUCUGCUAUAAAUUUCAGUUUCGCUGUUCAAUCGACUCAUUGUCGUGUGAAGUACAUGAUAAUCUCGAAACGAUUUCGAAGGAUAAAAUAAAAUUAAUUCCAUACGUACAGUUUUUAAUGCAAGUGCUGAAAGAUAUUACUAAAUAAAAAUAAUCAAUAUUUUCUGCUGAGAUUAACAUUUCUUUGCAUUAAUAAAAAGAAUAAUCACAGUUUACUGUAAGAGGUUAUAUU